AUGGGUGUGCUCGCUGCCUCCGAGAUCCGCGCCGCCCCUCGAGGCCUCGUCCCACAGCUGGCGCCCAAGAAGGUGCUGCAGGUGUUGUCUGCCUUUGCGGGGCGGACCGCGGCCCCGCCGAUGGCGAGCGGCGGGGUCACUGGUGAGACCGCGGGUCCUACCGAGGAGGUGGCCCCUGUGGCGGCAACCGGUGUAGUGGCACUGCAGCCGGGCACAGGACAGAGUCUGAACCCCGCUCCGCCCUCUGCCUCUUCGACCGACCCUGUGGUGCAGAAUAUCGCUCCUGGGGGCCCUCAGGCCGGGGAGGGGAUUGACCUCAACACUGACAAGGCGGAGGAAAUGGCGGUGGUGGAGACAAGGGCGGUUGCCCCAGCGGCUGUGACAGGGAUGAAGGCGGUGACGGAGGAGGGAGAAUCUACCCCUGCGGCCACGGCGGGGACAGAGAUGGCAGGAGAGGCAGGGACGACCGCCCCGGUGGCCGUGUCAAAGGAGGCGGCGGUGAUGGGGGUGGGGACCUCUACCCGGGGAGCCGCGGCAAAGGUGGCAGCGACGGCAGAGGCGGAAGUGCCUACUCCGGAGGCCAUGACGGGGGGCGAGGCGGCCACAGGGACACUUGCUCCGGCACCCACGUCAGAGGUGGUGGCACCGAUGGGCGGGUUGGGGCUUGAGUUGGCAUCGGCGGUGUCCGCGGCGGCCUCGACGGGGGUGGGGGUGCGUGCACCGGGACCGUCGGUGAGGCCGGCGACUUCCGGGACGGCGAUGCCCACCUUGACGGCGGCGUCGGGGUCGGCCCCCGCCCUUGCCUCGACCACUCCCAUUCCCAAGGUGUGGAGCGGGUCCGUCCUGUGUUGGUCGUCUCGUGAUGACCCGCACAAACCCCUGUUCACAUUGGAUGAUGCCACGGAAUGGGGCAAGUGGCAGGCGCUGCAGGGCGGACUCGCUAACGUCCGCGCUGCUCUAUCUUCGGCGUUGGGGGAGCUGGACGGCGUCGUCUUCCCCGGUGGCUGGGCCCUCCAAGAAUGCAGCCGGGGAAAAUCCGAUUUCCUCCGGCUCGAGCAGUGGCUCUAG